AUGUACAUCCAUCCCAUUCAGGCCAUCGCCACGGGCACCUCGCAGCUGACGAGGGCUAGCAGGUCGCUCACCAGCGCUCCCCAUGGUGGCGAGCCAGCGGGCUCGGUGUUCGAGGAGCUGAACACGGCGCUGGGCGGGAUCCUUGCCACAUACGACGGUGCCAUGCGCGCGGCAUGCUUACGCCCCUUUCCAGCCAAGGCACACACGGCUCUGGCCUUGCCUGCAAGACACACGGACCUUGGCACCGUGCGGCCCCACUAUGUCCGGGCUGCCGCUUCCUUCCACGGGCACAAAGCCUUCUCGUGCGUGGAGUACGAGACGGCAGCAGGGCAGGUUGAGCAUGGGAGGCUCCUCAUGCUGCUGGAGGCAGAGCAGUAUGUGCUAGGGGCCGAGCAGGAGGUGGAGGUGGCUGUUAUCCAGAGGCUGGUGGAUGUGGGGCUGGACGCUCACACUGGCUGCCGCACGCUCUCUGCUCCAUCGGCAAUGGGGGGACUGGCGGUCAUUGAGGUGGCUGCCAUCCGUCGCGCCGUUCACUGCGUGCCCUUGUUCGAGCGGCGAGGGAUUUGGUACCUGAACCGAUGGGCGUACAGGUGCACUGAGAGCCUCACUUGA